AUGGUGAUCGACAGUGGUAGUUGCACCAAUAUUGUGAGUUCAAUUCUGGUCAAGAGACUUAAUUUAGAGACUAAACCACAUCCUAGACCGUAUAAGCUUCAAUGGUUGAGUGAUUGUGGGGAGUAUCGUGGCCUUUUUGGUUCAUCUUCGGGGGCGGCGUCUAGGCUUGAGUGUUUUCCUCCAGUGGUGAUGGAUGGGGAGCUCGUUGCGGUUCCCUCUGAUGAUAUUGUUGGGGAGGGAGAGAAGUUGUGGGCUAAUUCUUUGGUGGGUCAAUUUCUAGACUCUCGGCCUCCUUAUGCUGUGGUUUCCCGUAUGGUGGCUCGGAUUUGGGCUAGUCUGGAGGAGCCGGUUAUUACUUAUCUAGAUGACGGGCUCAUCGUGUUCCAGUUCCUACAUGCUUCUUCCUGUGAUUGGGUUCUGUCCCAUGGGCCGUGGCACAUUGGGGGGAAGCUGCUCUUCCUUCGUCCUUGGACUCCUGGUAUUGUUCCUCAGUCUUUUUCUUUUGCUUCUGUUCCAGUCUGGGUUAAAUUGUCUAAUAUUCCGCUUGAACUGUGGACUCCCCGGGGGCUUAGUGUUAUUGACAGUGUGUUGGGUGUGCCUCUAUGUCUUGAUAAGGCUACUGAGGAUCGUAGCCGCCUGUCUUUUGCCCGUAUUAGUGUGGAGAUGCGCGCUGCGUCUUCCUUUCCAUCGUCUGUUAAGGUGAAGGUGCACUGGCAGUGCGUCAGCAGUUACUCUUCUUCUGGUGUUGGUAGGAUUUGGGUGUUCUGGCGCCCAGGACGUUAUGAUUUCUCCCCGAUUACUAUUUCUGAUCAGUUUGUGCAUGGUGUUGGUUUUGAUCGAGUUUCUCAGCUUUCGGUGCAGGUUCUUUGUGUUUAUGCUUCUAAUUUCACCUCUGAGCAGGCUCUGUUGUGGGACUCUCUAGUSUCCAUUUGUUCGGCUUGGUCUGGUCCUGGUGUGGUGAUGGGUGAUUUUAAUGCUAUUCGGCUUUCGUCUGAGGCCGAUUUGGUGGAGCCUCGUGUUUCUGGUUCUUGGUUUACUUGGACAAAUAAGCAUUUGGGGGAUGGUCUUAUUCUCAAGCGCCUUGAUCAUGUUUUGGUCAAUUCCGCUUGGUUUGGUUCCAUGCCUGUUUUUGAGGUUCAAGUUCGCGAGUGGGGUGUCUCUGAUCAUUGCCCUCUUGUUUUUCUUGUUGGUGUUGUGGUGCCUAGGUGCCGCCCGUCUUUUCGGUUCUUUGACUAUUGGGCUUUUGAUCCCCUGUUCUUCUCAGUUGUUCGGGACACGUGGCAGGUUCAUUCUCAGGUUUCGCCUCUUCUGAGUUUUGGUAUGAAUCUUCGUGCUUUGAAGCCUGUGUUGCAUCGUUUCGGUCAUCAUAUUGAUACUAUCCAGAAGGGUGUGCAGGAGGCGCGUGCUCUUAUGCUUGCUGCUCAGGCUUUACUUUUGAGUGACCCUUCUUCGAUAGGUGCUCAGGAGGAGGAGAGGGUCGCCUCUCGUGAUUUCUGGGACUGGACUGUGAUGGAGGAGGCUUCGUUGCGACAGAAGUCCCGGGUCUGGUGGCUUUCUUUGGGAGACCAUAACUCUGCUUUUUUCCACCGCAGUGUUCGCGGCCGGAUUUGGAAUGAUCUUGCCUCUUUGACUGAUGAUGUAGGUCGGGUUGUUACUGAUCGCGCUGAGAUUGCUCGACUGACGGUUGGUUUUUAUCGUCGGUUGUUGGGGUCUGAGUGUGUAGGUUAUCGUGAUCUUACUGCUCGUUUGGCUGCUAUUGUGGAUUUUGUGUGGCCUCCUGAGUGUGGAGUGGAGUUGUGUUGUCCUGUUACUUCUCUGGAGGUGCGGGAGGUGUUGUUUUCGAUGAAUAGUGGUAAGGCUCCUGGUUCGGAUGGGUUCUCAGUGGGCUUCUUUAAGGCGGCUUGGAGUAUUGUUGGCGAUGACUUUUGUAAGGCGGUGUUGCAUUUCUUUGAUACUUUCUAUAUGCCUUCUGGGGUGAAUGCUACGUCGCUUACUUUGAUCCUUAAGAUCCCCAAUCCUUCGGGGUUAGGGGAUUUCCGCCCUAUCUCAUGCUGUAAUGUGUUGUAUAAGUGCAUUACGAAGCUUUUAGCUAACCGGUUGAAAGUCUGGCUCCCUAGGUUUAUUAGUAAGAAUCAAUCUGCUUUUGUGCCCGGACGUCGUAUUGUGGACAAUAUUUUGCUCUGUCAGGAGCUUGUUGGGGGGUAUCAUCUUAAGAAGGGUAUGCCUCGUUGUGUGCCUAAGGUAGAUCUUCAGAAGGCGUAUGACUCGGUGCAUUGGGAUUCCCUGUUUGGUCUGUUACUUGCCAUUGGGACCCCAGUUCGGUUUGUUAAUUGGAUUCGGGCUUGUGUUACGUGA